AUGCCUUCCCUGACUUUGAUCACCGACCGCCUGAUUGACAGCAGUCACGAUUUUUCAUUCUCGUCAAUCUGGGCUGUCGUCUGGGGCUUCCUCGUACAUGCUUGGACCAUUAUACGCGACUUUGUCUUCCAGCCUCACAUGUGGCCAAUCAUUCUAACCUGGAUCAUCACAUUCACCGUCAUCAUGCUCGUCUUCUCCGUGGUUGGAUUCGGGCCUGGGGGCGUCAUAGCAGGAACCUUGGCCGCGGCCUUUCAGUCUUGGAUGUAUGGCGGCUUCACUCCCGCAGGCGGCUUGUUUGCCGUCUUUACCAGCAUGGGCAUGCUGGGAAUCCUUAUGCCUGCCGCCGCCCUUCUUGCUGCGUUGGUUGCGUGUGGGCUUGCAGCCGUCGUGUGGGCGUUUGGUGUAGGGUACUAG